AUGUCGGCCGGGGGCGAGCAUCUCAAAGAUGAAGGCACCAAGCGACAGGUCGUAUUGGCCGGCGGGAUUGCAGGGCUGAUCUCACGGUUUUGUAUUGCGCCACUGGACGUUGUCAAGAUCAGGCUGCAAUUGCAAAUCCAUUCCUUGUCGGACCCUGCGUCCCAUCAAAGUGUCAAUGGGCCUGUUUAUAAGGGGACAUUGUCCACUAUGCGAACGAUUAUGACGCAAGAGGGGAUCACCGGCCUUUGGAAGGGCAAUAUUCCUGCCGAAAUGAUGUAUGUCUGCUAUGGCGCGACGCAAUUCACCGCGUAUCGGGGAACAACCCAAGCCCUCGCUCAACUUGGCUCCUAUCGACUCCCGCAACCCGUCGAAUCUUUUCUCUCAGGUGCAGUGGCAGGCGGAUGUGCCACGGGGGUAACAUACCCGCUUGACCUUCUCCGCACGCGAUUCGCGGCACAAGGCCCGGACCGUGUGUAUGGCUCGCUGCGCGCCUCAAUUGUGGAGAUAGCUCGACAUGAGGGCUUACCAGGAUUCUUCCGGGGAUGUUCUGCCGCUGUGGCACAAAUUGUGCCAUACAUGGGACUCUUUUUCACAACAUAUGAGGCACUUAGACCAGCCAUGACCUGGGAUGCUCUGCCGAUGGACCUCGUGCGUAAGCGCUUGCAGGUACAGGGUCCAACAAGGACUCGCUACGUUCAUCGCAAUAUCCCGGAGUACAAGGGGGUCCUCAAAAGUAUUGCCAUGAUUGUCCGCACUCAGGGCGUGCGUGGCUUGUAUCGUGGCUUGACAGUCAGUCUACUCAAGGCAGCACCGGCAAGUGCGGUGACAAUGUGGACCUAUGAGCACGCAUUGAAAGUCCUUCGAGAGCACAAUCUUGCAACUGACAGUUGA